AUGGAAUAUGAGGUAGAUAGCCACGAAAUUUUGCCCAACGUGCCCAAAGAUAGACCUCUUCAGAGAGGAAUAGUAGAAACAAUACAUGAAACUGAGUCAACAAUUGUGAAUUCCCUUACACAGAAAGGAGUAAAGAUCACAGCAAAUCCCCAUGAAAACUUGAUCAGGAUCGAUUGUGACGUGGUCAUUGUUGGCUCUGGCUGUGGUGGUGGUGUUGCAGCCGCAGUUCUUGCAAGUGUCGGCCAUAAAGUUAUCGUCCUCGAGAAAGGAAAUUAUUUUACCAAGACAGAUUAUUCUGCACUAGAAGGGCCUUCCAUGAAUGAACUGUACGAAACUGGAGGAAUUCUUGCAACUUUGGAUGGAAAAAUGACAAUCUUUGCAGGAUCGACGGUAGGGGGUGGCUCGGCUGUUAACUGGUCGGCCUGCAUUAAAACGCCACAGUCUGUGCUACGAGAUUGGGCUAUAAAUAAAAAAAUUUCUCUAUUUGGAAGUCCUCAAUAUGUUUCUGCAAUGGAUCAAGUGUGUGAAAGACUAGGUGUCACAGAGAAUUGUGUUAAAGAGGGGUUUCAGAACGAAAUUCUCCGUAAAGGGUGUGAAAAGCUCGGGCUUGAAGUUGAGUCUGUACCCCGGAAUUCAUCAGAAAAUCACUAUUGUGGUUCUUGCUGUUAUGGAUGUAUUAGAGGAGACAAGAAAGGAACUGAUACAACUUGGCUGGUUGAUGCUGUAAAUUGUGGUGCAGUGAUAAUAACAGGAUGCAAAGCCGAGAAAUUUAUACUCGAAAAGAGCAGGCACGGAAUUAAACGGCAGAAGAAAUGCUUGGGAGUACUUGCAAGAAGUAUAAAUACAGAUAUCAGAAAAACGAUACGAAUUGAUGCUAAAGUCACAAUCUCUGCUUGUGGUUCUCUCUUGACACCGCCUUUAAUGAUCCGUAGUGGUUUAACGAAUAAGAACAUUGGACGGAAUCUUCAUCUUCAUCCGGUUUUGAUGGCGUGGGGGUACUUCCCUGAGUCUAUUUCAGAUAUCAAGGGAAAAGUUUACGAGGGAGGUAUAAUCACAUCGAUGCAUAAGAUCGGUCAAGGUCCAUCCAACGAAAAAGCAAUAAUCGAAUCUCCUAUUCUAGGGCCUGGAUCAUUUGCAGCUCUGUGUCCUUGGAAGUCUGGAGUAGACUUUAAGAACAGGAUUGUGAAGUAUUCAAGAACAGCCCAUCUGUUUGCAAUGAUAAGAGACAGAGGAGCCGGAGAAGUUACUGCAGAGGGAAGAAUCAAAUACAAAUUCCAUACACGGGAUAAGGAAAAUAUUAAGUUUGGAGUACGUCAAGCUUUAAGGAUUCUAGUAGCUGCCGGUGCUGUUGAGGUGGGCACUCAUCAGAGUGAUGGACAAAAACUCGAAUGCAAAGGAAUUACAGAGAAAGAAUUGGACGAGUUCUUGGACACGGUUAUUGCACCUGAAGGGCCAAAAUCAUUUGUCGAGAAUUGGACAACAUACUGCUCUGCUCAUCAAAUAGGAAGCUGCAGAAUGGGAAUUAACGAAAAUGAAGGAGCAGUCGAUGAAAAUGGUGAGAGUUGGGAAGCAUCGAGAUUAUUUGUUUGUGAUGCUAGUGUUCUUCCAAGUGCGCUUGGCGUCAAUCCUAUGAUAACCAUUCAGUCAACAGCAUAUUGCCUCUCGAAUAAGAUAGCUGAGAUGUUGAAGAACGAAAAGUUCUAA